AUGCUUGGAAUAAAAAGACUCAGCCUCAUAAAUAAUCAUCUAUCUUCUCAGUUUCCACCAAUCCCUUAUGAUGAAUCCUUAGAUAAUUAUCGCAAAAGAGGGGAAGAAAUAAAUAAAGAAGUUUUAUUACGUCAUAUUUUUGGUGACUCCUAUGAACGAAUUAUAACUUUCCGAAAUCAUAUGAAAAAUGAUCCAAUUUUCAAUCACCAUGAUGAGGCUGAGUUUUCUCGCAGUAAAAAACGAGAAAGAGUUGUCCAGCAAAUUGCAAGUAUUUAUUUUAAAGCGAUAAUAUCUUACGAGUAUUGUAAAGCAGGCCCAUUAAGAAAAUAUGAACUUUUAUACGCUCUAUGCGACUAUGAUAUAGCUGUUGCAACAAGAAUUUCUAUUCAUUUGGUUUUAUAUAUAGAUGCGAUAGAAACUUUAGGCACUUCUAACUUUUUUUUUAUAAAAAAAAAUAAUGAAAAAAUUAUACUCUGAUUGAGCUCGCAAAAUUAUAGUAUUGGCAAGGAGAGUAAGCAUUUGGAGCACAUUAAAAGAGCUUAUAGUCUAUUAGAUUAUGGAUGUUUUGGCAUGACAGAGCUUGGACACGGUUCAAAUGUGGCAAAACUUGAAACAACUGCUACAUAUGAUCAUUCCACAAGAGAGUUUAUUAUAAAUUCGCCGACUGCUACUUCAGCAAAAUGAUGGAUUGGCGGAUUAGGAAAAACUUCAAAUAAGUCAGUUCUUUUUGCAAGGCUAAUCGUUGAAGGUGUAGAUAAAGGAAUCAAUGCUUUUAUAAUACCAAUUCGUGAUAAUCAAACCCAUGACUCUCUUCCUGGAGUUAUAAUAGGAGACUGUGGAAAAAAGAUAGGAUUAGAUGGAAUUGAUAAUGGGUUCAUGCUAUUCAAAAAUUAUAGAGUUCCAUAUGAUUCUUUGUUAGAUAAGUUCAGCUCUAUUACUAAUGAUGGAAAAUUCAAAAGCAUCAUUAGUGUUAACUCCUCCCUGUUUAAAUUUUAACAAAAAUCCUUUUCCAAUUUAAAGGGUUUAACUUUUUUUUCAAAAAAUUAAGUUCUUCAGAAGCUUUUAUAUAGCAUUGCGCAUGAACUCAAUUAAAAGGUUAAAGAUAAUUUUUAUAAAAUUAGUAUUUUUGCCUAUAAAAUUUUCUGCUGAAAAUUAAAAUUUUGUUCCAAUUAAAAAAAGGGAGGAGAAUAAGGAAAAAAGGCUCGGGACGAUGAUGGUUGGACUUAUCGGAGGAAGAGUCGCUGUUGUUUCUGCCGCAGAGCAGCACAUGAAAAUAGGAUUAACUGCCGCUUUAAGAUUUUCAGCUGUUCGGAAACAAUUCAGUUCAGAUGAAAUAGAAAAUCCUAUAUUAGAUUACCCCUUGCAGCGCUAUAAAUUAAUUCCUCAUCUCGCAAGUCUUUUUGCUAUUCGUUCAAUCCUUCUAUGGUGCAAUAAACAUUUACCAAUAGUUCAGCAGAAAAUUAAUGAAAACCCAGAAGCCAUAGAAGUCUCAGAAUAUCAUGCAAUUCUUUCAGCAUGCAAAGGGGUUGCUUCUUGGUAUUCAAGCUCCUGUCUGCAGCAAUGCAGAGAAGCAUGUGGAGGAUUGGGAUAUUCUUAUUAUGCAACUCUAGGCAGAAUUAUUAUGAAUGAUAAUAUAGGCUCGACUUGGGAAGGAGAUAGUGGCGUUUUAAUCCAACAAACAGCAAAAUUUAUAUUUAAACAAGUCCAAAGAAAUUUCAAGGGUCAUGCUAUAGAUGCUCCAUCUCUAAAAUGCAUAAAAGUUGACCAUGAGAAAUUGAUGCAGUUUAAAGCAAAAUUUGAAAAUUCAGAACAGCUUGAAAAUGAAAAUAGUUUAUUUGAACUCAUAGAGUAUAGGCUGAACUAUAUCCUUUAUCAAAGUUUAAUGAAACUUCAAGAAGCUACUGGAAAUUCCAAAGAUAUGUUUGAAGCUUGGAAUAAAUCGCAGGUUUUCUAUUUAUUCAUUAGAUAUUUGAAUUUUAUAUUUGUCUUUUUAAUAGUAUUUUAUCAUUUUUCCUCUGAUAUCUUGCAAUUCACACCAAACUUAAUAUAAGAGUAUAUACAAGAGCUAGCGAAAACUUAUGGAGAAUACAUAAUGAUGAGAGAAUUCGCGAAAUUUGUAAAAGAAUUAGAAGAAAAAUGUGAAAAAACUGGAAAAGUAUUGAGGAAGUUUUUUGUGCUUUUUAGUGUUGGACUUAUUCAAAAAUACUCUGCUUCGUUUCAAGAUAGUGCAAUAAAUGCUCACCAAGCUAAAGUAGUAAGAGAAAGUGUGGUGAGAUUGUGUGGAGAGUUGGCUGAAGUGAGCAUUAAAGUGAUCGAUGCAAUUGCUCCGCCAGAUUCUAUUCAUGGAUCAGUGCUAGGAGUUGCGAACGGGCAAAUUUAUGCAAAGUUAAUUGAACAGGUUGAAAAAGCUGAAGAAGUUUAUGAUAAACCUCAUUGGCUUCCACUGCUUCGAUUAGAGGAGCAGCUAGGCUAGAAAAUAUUUAGGAAUUAACUAAAAUUUGCUCAUAAGAGCAAAUUCUGGGGGUGUGAACCCCUUAAUUUACAGGUUCAGUUCAGGCUUCCACUGCUUCAAAAAAUUAAGCAAAUUAAAAAAACUUAA